AUGCCACAUAAAAGGCGAACGAAUAAACACAAAUGGAUUGUCGAUAGAAUAUUGAAUCAUGCUAAUUCAUCAUUGUUAGAUGGAAAAAAAGUUGUUCGACGAAAAAAUGUCAAAAGUCAUGAACGUGUUCCACGCAAGGAUAAUGUCAGUGAACAGAGAUACAAUCAAUUAUUGCAAGGAUCAGAUAAUGAAGAUGAUAAUGACGAUAAAAAAGAAUUCAAUGAAAAAAGUUUAAAAAAUCACAUAGCAAAUGAGAUGAGAUCAUCGUCAAUGUUGAUACCAAAGAAAAGUAAAAAGAAUAAAUAUUUUUUAAAAAAUCAUCCAGAAUUUUUAACUGUUGAAAAAGAUCAUAUUAAAUAUAAACAAGGACAAUCGCAACCACAAGAAAAGCCGAAAAAGAGAAAACUUAAUGAUGAUAUCAAAGAUGUUGUUCAACCGGAAAAGCUAAAGAAACAACAACAACCACAAGAAAAGCCGAAAAAGAGAAAACUUGAUGAUGAUAUCAAAGAUGUUGUUCAACCGAAAAAGCUAAAGAAACAACAACAACAGAGUAACGUUAGCAUCGAUGAAAAACCAGCUAAACUAUCUGCUUGUGAUAAAUUAUUAGCACACAUGUCAUCAUCACGUUUUCGUUAUUUAAAUGAACAACUCUAUCGUUCAACAAGUUCUCAAGCUGAAGAAUUAUUUAAGUCUGAUCCACAAGCAUUUUAUGCAUAUCAUCGUGGGUUUGACGAUAGUAUGAAGAAGUGGCCGAAUAAUCCGUUAAAUGACAUUAUUAAAUAUGUAAAUAAACGAUCAUCUAAAUUAGUUAUUGCCGAUAUGGGUUGUGGUACAGCACAAUUAGCUCAAAGUGUGAAAAAUAAAGUGUACAGUUUUGAUUUAAUUGCAUUAAAUGAACAUGUUCAUGAAUGUGAUAUUUGUCAUACACCAUUGGAAAAUGAAACAAUUGACAUUGUCAUAUUCUGUCUAUCUCUUAUGGGUACAAAUAUGAAUGAAUAUAUAUUUGAAGCAUUUCGUAUAUUAAAAUUACGUGGUAUGAUGAAAAUUAUUGAAAUAGCUAGUCGAUUUGAUAAUGUUAACAAAUUUAUUAGAAAAAUUGAAUCAAUUGGUUUUCAGUGUUCAAAAACAAAUACAACGAUUAAUGAUAUUGGUAAUGAUGGACAAGUAGAAGGAGGAAUGAAGAAGAAGAAAAGUAAACAAAAACUACCAACAAUAUAUUUCUAUACUUUUGAUUUUAUUAAAAUUUCAAAUAAAAUUCAAUCACACCCAAUUAUAACACUGACACCGUGUCUUCAUAAAAAAAGAUAA